AACACAUUCAGUUAGACACGACAGUUAAGAAGAAGAGCUGAAAACACCUGAUGAUCCUGGACAAUCCGCUCCAUUUCUCCUUCUAGUGUCGGAAGAUAACCUACCUCGAAUCAUAGUUUUUGUAGAGUGCUGUUUCCCUUUUUUUACUCUGAAGCCUCUGUUUUAAGUCAAAUAUUUCAUCCUGCUCUUUAUAGUACUAAUUAUAAGUGACCAACUGAUCAGGACAUAUUGCACUAUAUUUGUAUUUUUAUUUAUUCUAUUUUGCACUAAAGUUUUGGUGAAUAUGCAUUCCACGCAAAAGGACACGACCUAUACGAAGAUCUUUGUCGGGGGUCUUCCCUAUCACACCACUGAUUCCAGUCUCAGGAAAUAUUUUGAAGUUUUCGGUGAGAUCGAAGAGGCUGUAGUGAUUACGGAUAGACAGACCGGAAAGUCCAGGGGGUAUGGAUUCGUGACAAUGUCAGACCGCUCAGCAGCAGACAGGGCUUGUAAGGACCCUAACCCCAUCAUCGACGGCAGGAAGGCCAAUGUUAACCUAGCCUACCUGGGUGCCAAGCCACGUGUCAUGCAGCCAGGUUUUACCUUUGGUGUUCCCCAAAUUCACCCAGCAUUCAUCCAAAGGCCUUAUGGGAUUCCAGCUCACUACGUGUACCCCCAGGCGUUCAUGCAGCCCAGUAUGGUCAUCCCACACGUGCAGCCCAGUGCUGCCACCUCCGCCGCUGCCACCUCGCCUUACAUCGACUACACGGGCGCCGCCUACGCCCAGUACUCCGCCGCUGCCGCUAGCGCUGCAGCAGCCUACGAGCAGUAUCCCUACGCCGCCUCCCCAGCGGCGGCAGGAUACGUGGCAGCUGCCGGGUACGGAUAUGCGGUCCAGCAGCCGCUUGCCACAGCUGCACCGGGGUCUGCUGCCGCUGCAGCUUUCGGCCAAUAUCAGCCCCAGCAGCUGCAAGCUGACCGCAUGCAGUAGCAGCCACAGCAGUCAUUGGACAGGAGGGGUGGAGGAGAGCCCCGCCCCCAUCCCGGGAUGAUUGGCUAUGAGGAAGAGCGUUGGAGGAAGGGGGAUUGGCCGGAGGCGUGGGCGGGUCAGUGAGUUGCUACGAGGAUGGUGAUGAUGUCGAUGAUGGUGGUGAUGGUGAGGUGGGAACUUCAUACAGUAGCUUUCCAACUUGCUGUGCUUAAACCCCCAAAAUAAGAGAAAACAGUGCAA